AUGAAGACGUCUUUUAUUUUAUUUGCAAUUGGAAUUGUAACUUUAUUUUCUACUUCAACUAUGGCUACUCCGGUUGCUGAAGCAGAACCUCCUAAAUUCACAGAUUCUAAAGGAAAUGUCAUUUUGAUGGAUUAA